AUGCAAAAAGCUAAAGUACUAUGUUGUGCAUUAGGACUUCUGCCUCUGGAAGUGGAGGGAGUUGAGGGGGACGACGUCAUCGCAACUCUUGUUGACCGUCUCUGUGGAGGAGACGCUCAGCAGCAACAGCAGCAACAGCAGCAGCAACAGGGGGACGGGGAGGGGGCCUUGAAACCGGAGAUAGAGGAAAUUUAUAUUGCGACGGUAGACAAGGAUCUGCUCCAGUUGCUGCGCUACAACUAUCAGUCUCCACGGUCGAGUCCCCGUGUGAGCCUGUUGGCUCUCCACCGCCAGUGCCAAAUCCUCGACGCCCAAUUCGUUCGCGAUGAAUACGGGGUGGAGCCACACCAGUUAUUGGACUUCUUCUCCCUCGUGGGGGAUCGAGCCGAUGGUAUCGUCGGCUGCCGCGGGAUCGGAGCGGCUGCAGCACGCAAACUCCUCCAGGCAGUUGAGAACCUUGAAGUUCGUCGCGAGGGCAUGGGAGGCCGCGUCUCCGACGUAUCUGCAGCAGCUGUCAUUGAAGCAGCGGCAGCUGCAUGCGCUGCAGGAGUUCCUCCCGCAGUGGCGCACCAACCGCCGUUUGGUGUCUCUAAAUGCAGCUGUCCCCGCAGCUCGUGGGUUGAAGCCGGACAGGCGGAGACACCUAACGCCCAUAGCUGGUUGCAGCAGCAAACGUCAGUCGCGGGCCCUACCGCUCAGUCGCAAGGCCAGGACCAGCGCACAAACAAUGCAGCAUCUGCAGCAGCAGCAACAUCUACUGUAGAAACUGCAACACCCUCCGCGGUGAAUGCUGAUGGAGAGCCCAGGAUAUUUUCAGCGAAUCCCGAAGGGGACAAAGCGGAGGCGGCUGCGCCCCCAGCAUCUGCUAUAGCGUCCCCUAAUUUAGCAUCUUCUGCUGAAGCAAUAAUAGACGGAGAUGGAGCAGCAGCAGCAGCGCACGGUGCAACAAUUUCACACGAGGCUGCCACAGCACACACGGGAGAACCUGUUUUUGCAGCAGCAGUAGCAGGUGCAGCAAUGCCCGCUGCUGCACCUGGAGGAGACGCAUCGGCAACACCAGCUGCACCACCAGCUCCAGUAGCAACAUCGGAUGAAACUGGUGCUGCUUCUCCUGCUUCUUGCACGAACGUAGGGGUUGGAUGCGUGGGCACUGUUCGGGACUUGGGCGCAGCACCUGUGCAUACAGCUGCAGCUACAGCAAUCUUACGAGGGACAUCUUCUUCCCGGCAGGCUGCAACACCAAUUCAGAGCCAUCAAACGCCUGCAAGAGUGGCAGCACCAGCGACGGCGCAAUCGCCAUCAAGCAGCAGCAAAACCGGGCAUUGGGGGCUCUUGAGUACAAUAUCCUCGCUGCUGCCAGCGUGGAUGGUAGCCCCACGAGCCCCCUUGCUGCUGGGGGCCCUGGGAGCUCCAGCUGUCCCCUGGCCUGGGGCAUCCAGCAGCGCUGCUGGGGUUGCAUGCAGAUCCCGCAGUCUGCUGCAGUGUGCACGCGGGUCAUUGCAACGCCGCCUUCUCAUCCGUGGAGCAGCAGCAACAACAGCAACAGCAGCAGCAACUACUCCGGCAGAAACCCUGACUGCAUCAUCCCAGAUGAGGCACGCCAGCAACGGCAGCGGAGGCAGCAGCAACUGCACCACUGGCAGCAGCUGCUGCACUGAAAUGCUGGUUAGCCAAGGUAGCAGCAGCUGUAGCCGCCUCAGCCAUGACAGCACUAGCAGCACGGGCAGCAUCAACAGCAGUACAAAAGGUAGCAGCAGCUCUUUGAAUGUUGCGAAGACAGUCUCUCCGUUGCAGCUACAACAGCAGCAUCACCUAGCUACUGCUGCUGGUGUGGACCCUGUUGGUCUAGACAUCGAGAAGGGCCCCCCAUAUACGGAUGCUCACCACACGUUUUUCAGCGUUGAUGCCCCAUUUGGGGCUGCAGGUACCGGUUGGCAGCAGCAGCUGGAGCAGAAGAUGCAGCAGCAGAUGCAAAAUCCCAGUGGGCAACAGAGGCACCAGGGGGUACAGCAUCAGGUGCAGCAGGAGACAGAGCAGAAGGUGAAUCAGGAGAUGCGCUCAAUGUUUGCGGUGGAGAAGCAUCAUGUGGACAUGUUGUUACUGCACAUGCAACAGCAGCAGCAGUCAACCGCCGCCAUCGAAGCAGCAGCAGUGGGAGCAGCUGCAUCAGCAGCAUCGAUCCUGAACGCAGCUGCCACCCGCGCUGGGCGGACACAUGCCAGGCGCACUGCUGCGGCACCUCCCGCGCCAACAGCAACAUCAUCCCCCGCCAUGGCAGCAGAAGUAGCAGCAGCAACAGAUGAUGGUAGUGGCACUGAGGCGUGCGCUGCAGUAUUUGCUGGAGAAGCAGGUUGCGAAGCGAGGGAAGAGACAACAGCUGACGCAGCACCGGGUGAAACAGCACUGCCGGGGCUACUGCUGCCGCCCAUCGAAUGCUGGGGAUCGUCUCCUCCCCCCUCCCCGCUAGAACAAGCCAAGGCGUUGCAAAGCACCCUGUGUCUCUGUCUCAGCUAUCUAGCCCAUCUGCAGCACGCGGAUGCGCGCACCAGCAGCAGCAGCAGCAGCAGCAGGAGCAACUACUCGUUAGCUGCAACAGCCUAUGCAAGCCUUGAUGCAUCUUCUGACGAGUGCCUCCGCCACUUACCUGAACGCCUCCCGAUCGACCCUCUGGACAUGUGCUUCUCUGUAGUGGGAGGAAGCAUCGAGAACACAAGGAGCAACAGCAGCGGCAGCAACUUCACCAUUAGGAAGAGCAGCAAGCCAACUUAUUACCUUGGCGGCGAUCUGCUACUGCCGGUGGCUGUUUCCUGGUUGGCCUCCUCUCCCCAGGGGGAUCACACCCCAGCCUGCGCCUAUCUGCCUUUUCACCUGUCCUUCAGCAUUCGCCUUCCUCCAGGUCUGCUAAAGCUUCUGCGCUGCAAUCGUCAGCAGCAACAACAGCAGCAGCAGCUGCACCAGCAGCAGGCACAGGAGAAUGCCGAGGAUAUUUUACACUUUCAUUUUGCAGUCCCAGAAUUGCUGAAGGACGUCGCUGCAAUGGAGGUGCUGCGCCUGUGCCUGCGCGGCGAUUGUUCUGUUGAUCCUGCUUCUGGAUCUGCCGGUGCUGCUGCUGGAUGUAAGACAGAAGGGGAGGCUGAAAGUGCAGCGGCAGGUGAGGGGCCCCGUCUGCUGUGGGUAGCACACGAUGCAAAGCAGCUGCUGCACCUCCUUUGCAACAUCGGCCUGUCCCCUCCACCCGCAGCGCAACUGCACUGUACGUCCGUCGUGGCCUGGCUGCUGCAUGGUGCAGACCCAGGGAACUCCGAGCUGCUUCAGCAAGCAGCCCUCUUUGAGGUGCUACAGCAGCAGCAGCAGCAAAAGAAGAAGCAGUCCAAUACAUGUGCGAGCGUCAAAGCAGAAGCAGCGGCAGAAAGUGGCUUCGCGGCCGAGAGGAGGCCCAGUGGCGAUCCCGUAAAUGAAGCAGGAAGGCGAGGGGGACCACCGUGCAUGGCUGAAGAUAUCGCCUAUGAGCAUGAAGACGACAUAAUAUCUCAGGGCGCUCUUGUAGCGUCUCCAUACAGCUCGACGAUAUUGACAACAAUGGUUGGAGCAGCUGCAGCUUCACGGGCUGCUGCUGCCGGAGUGAAGGGCAGUGCGCGGAAGGCCUCGCAGGAAGCAGGAGCAGCAGCAGCUGCUGCUGCUGGUUCUGCAGAAACUGGGGCGCCCAGGCGGACUUCCGGCGUUCGCCCACCGUGGCGUUGCUUCGCUGAUGCGCGAUGCUCGCUGUUGCCGCCUGAGCAGCAGCAACUGCAGCAGGGUCUCUUCGGGCGCUUUGGGUGGGGAGUGUACAGCAGAGCGCCGCAAAAGAAAGCGGGAAGCAGAAAUAAAGACGGGAAAGGCAAAGAAAAAAGCAAAGGCUGCAGCACCCCUAGCGGGCUGUGCAGGGACAAUGCAACUGCCGCGAAAACAGAAGGAGCGGCAGCAGAAACUGCAGCAGGAACUGCAGCAGGUGUAGCAUCCCGGGCCACUCCUCUGCCCGUGUGUUUUCAGCCUGUGAGGCCCCCUACAGGAGCAGCAACCGGAAAGGCUGUUGUUGUGCAUGUUCCUGCUAGGUCGCCGAAUCUUGCCGCGCACUCCGGGUGUUUCUCCGUCUCCGUCAGACUGCCUCAGCAAUUCAAAAAGUGCUGCCCCCCACGGAGUCCCGAAGAGCUUAGCUCGCUGGACGUUGCAGCUUUCUGUGAGGCGCGGGGGGCGGCCACACUUGUGCUGCUGCAGCAACAGUACAGCAUGUUGCAGCAGCAGCAGCAGCAGGCGGCAGAAACUGACACGAACGUCGCCGAGGUAGCAGCACAACCGCUCAGCUUGUCUUGGGGAGUAUGGGCACAUGUCGAGAGGCCCCUCAUUCCUGUUCUGGCUGCGCUGGAGAGAAGGGGGUUGUCUCUUUCGGUGCCUCUUUUGAAACGCGGCUGGGUCGAAAAACGCGGGAACGGACCCCCAGUGGAGGACGAGGCAGCAGCAAGGGGACACAGCACGCAUCACCCUCCUCACCUCCUCGAAGGGAGCAUACCCCAAGGAAAACAAACAGCCUGCGCUCCUUCUGGUGUUGGCGCUGCUGCUGAUGCUUCUAGUGUUGCUCUUGCUGCCGCUGCACCGGGGCGGCUUGCUACCCGCCUUGGUGCAGAAGCAGCAGAUGUAGUAGCAGGAGCAGCAGCUGGCGACCCCAGCGAGGCUCUUCAGGAGCAGAGAUACCUGGAGCAGCGAAUCGCGAAACUUAUAGAAGAGCUUACAGGCCGCACAGAUGUAAACAUUAAUUCUCCCAGCCAACUCGCAACGGUUCUCUUCGAUGAUCUCCAACUGUCUCCUUCAUCGCCUGCCGUCUCUGUAGCCGCAGACCCUGACGGCAAGGCGCCGAGAAGCAACAGCAAGGCUAAAAGCAGAAGCAGCAGCAGCAGCAGUAGCCGCUCUACAGGGGCUGAGGCCUUGCAAGCGUUGCUUCGGGAGGCUCGCUCGAAGGAGAAGGACCCUCAUGCACGGCAAGUGGCAGAGCUGCUGUCUUGCUUGCUGGAUUAUCGUUCGAGUCACAAGUUCUUGAGUACUUAUUUUGUCACAUUGCCGGCUUACAUCUUCCCUUCGACCCAGCGCAUUCAUGUCUCCUUGCUGCAAACAGGGGCCUCUACUGGGCGCCUGGCCUGCCGCAACCCCAACUUGCAGAACAUUCCAAAUCAUCAGGAGGAAUGGCGCUGGAUCCGAAGAGCCUUUGUCCCCUCUCCAGUGACACCUCGCAAGGUAGAGGAUCCCUUCAACUGUAGCAGCGACGACCUGCUCAGCAGCAGCCUCUCGCGAUCGUCUCCAGGUGUCUCCUCAAGCCUCACCGCCUCUGAAGGGUUCCCGGGAGCCUCUUCUGGGGGCGCCGCUACAGGAUCGGGAUCGAUGUCUCCGUGGCGAUUUGUCUCGGUGGACUAUUCACAGAUGGAGCUGCACAUCUUGGCCUAUCUUUCAAACGACCCGCAGCUGCUGUGGGAUCUGCGAGGCGGCAGAAGAGACAAGGAGACAGAGGGACGCUCUUAUGACACCUUCCAGCUCGCAGCCUCCCGUCUAUUCAACUGUCCCCCCGAAGACGUCACCAAGGAGCUGCGCAGCAUGGCCAAAACUGUCACAUAUGGGAUACUCUAUGGGCAGACAGAGGGGGGCCUGUCUCGGCAGCUGCAGGUGCCUCUAAAGGACGCACGCCGCCUCAUUAACUGCUUCUUUAACGAAUAUCAAGGGGUACAGAGCCUCAUGUUAACUCACACGCAAUUUGCAGAGGCUACUGGGACUAUAGAAACCCUUGUAGGCCGCAGCAGGCGGCUGCAGGGCACGGACAUCGUGGAGGAACUUCUACGAGCCCACCCCCAGCUUGCAGCUCUUCUUAACCGCAUUGGAGCUGCAAAGGCCCCUCUGGAGCAGCACCAGCAGCAGAGUGUCUCUUCAAGCAACAAGAGAGGCAGCGCGAGAGGCCGCUGCAGGAGACAGGCAAUGAACACCCCCAUUCAAGGCCUUGCGGCGGACAUCAUGAAGUAUGUCACUGGGAGAGUGGAGCAGCUGCUGCAGUUGCAGCAGCAGCGGGCCUUUGCCCUAAGAGACUCGGUGCAUGCGCAUACAGUUGGAGCAGCAGACGGAGCAUCAUCUGCCUGGGGACGACACGUGCUGGAGAGACCGUUGAGAGCCCAAGUGGUGCUGCAGAUCCACGACGAGUUGCUGCUUGAAGUCCACAGAGAUGAUAUCUCUCCUGUUUUGGAGUUGGUGUUGCCGGUGAUGCAGCGGGCAUGGGGGUUGCUGCUGCUGGAGACCGAUUGUUUGGACCGCUACGCUGCUCUAUGUGAGCUUCAAAAACAUAUGCGAGACCCCCAGAGCGGCGGCGCCGCAGGUGACGAGGCGGCGCUGCGCAUAUGGGCCUCCGAGACCGCCAAAAGGGGCCCCACACCUAGGCAGACUACCCAGUGGUUUGCGCUGCCGCCCCAGUUUGAGUGGCUGCGCCCUCUGCUGCAGCGUGAGCUGCCUACAAGUGCGAAGGUGGGUCGAGACUGGUGCUGCUGCUAA